CGCUCGCAUGCAAGGUCGGUGCAACCAACAGAAAGCAUGUUGACGCAACACCGUUCAAAAUGCCCGCCACAAUCCUGCAUUCCGACAUUGAGGCAGGCACUUUGGGUCUUUACCCACCAUGAGAACGGAUAACUAGAUAUCCAUCUCCAUCUUAGUCGUACACACGAACUGUAUACCACAGCUGACAAGACACCAUGGACACGGCACCGACCCCAUACUCUAUCUUCCCGGAUGCCCUCCGCGGCAAGCGGAUCCUACUCUGUACCGAGUCCUUCGGCCCGGUCAACGGUGUGUCCCGCACCACUCUUAUGCUCGUCAACCACCUCCGGUCAAAUGGCGUCGACGUCGCCGUCGUGGCCCCUCACACCCGCGAAACAACCUUCACCCCAGAACAGGCCCCACUCCAACAACAGCAACACGAUCUCGCCCGGACAAAAAACACCACCCUCCGCAUCAGCGGCUUCCCGCUACCCUACAACCCCGAGCUCACAAUCGCCUACCCGGUCCGCCUCUCAACCCUUUACAGCCGAGCCUUCGGCCCCCGCGCGCCCCCGCCAGACCUGAUCUAUCUCGCCUCGCCCGCCUCGCUCGGGUUCCAAGUGAUGCUCCAGCUGAGGAACCACCCUUCCGCCCACCGCCCGCCGCUGCUCGCAAACUUCCAGACCGACCUCGCCGGCUACUGCGCCAUCCUCUUCCCGGCACCCUUCAGCACGGUGGCGGUGGCCGCGCUGGCGUUUGUGCAGAGUUAUCUGUUCAACCAUGCAAGUGUGAGGACUGUGUUCUACCCGAGCCGGUUUGUCAGGCGCAUUCUAGAGGGGUGGCGGGUUGAAAGCAGAAAGUUGAGCCUGCUGCAGCGCGGGGUGGAUACGGCCCUGUUUCAUCCUUCGCGGCGGAGAAAGGGGUUGAGAGGGCGCAUUGCGCCGAAUGGGGAAAUCGUGCUGAUUUGUGUAUCGCGGCUGGCUGGGGAGAAGGGGUUUGGGUUCCUGGCCGGGGCCGUGAGGGAGUUGGAUCGGCGCGGGUUGAGGUUUGUGCUGUAUGUUGUGGGCGGGAACAGGAAUGCGGCCGUCGAAGAGGAGAUCAAAGCGCUGUUUGAUGCGAGAUUGAGGGAGGCAGGGAGGGUGGUGUUUGCCGGGUUUUGCGCGGGCGAGAAGCUGGCUGAGGCGUAUGCGUCGGCCGAUGUGUUUCUGCAUUGCUCUGUGACCGAGACUUUCGGUCUCGUCGUACUCGAGUCGAUGGCGAGCGGCGUGCCCGUCGUGGCGAGGGAUGAGGGCGGGCCGAGUGAUAUUGUGCGGGACGGCGUGACGGGAUACUUAACGCCGCCAGAAGACGUGGCGGGGUUUGUCGACAAGGUCAUGGUCCUGGCGACCGAUGAUGCUCUCCGCAAGCAGAUGGGUGAGAACGCGCGCAGACAGGCCGAGGAGGCGACAUGGGAGAGGAUCAACAAUCGGGUGGCCUGGCGCAUGGUCGAGGCUAUCGAGCAAAGCGAGAGGGAGAGAGCCGAGCUGCGAGCGAGACGUGAAAGGCUGCUCCGGCGAUAUGAAGCGCAGGCCGAAGAGAGGACGCCGUUGUUGAAGACAACCCCCAUCUCAGAGUGGCUGCUGCCGACCGCCACCGUACAAGCCAGGGUGGCCGAUGUGCGGGUUGCUGGGGGCAUGGUUGCCAUCUCUGCCACGUGGGUUGCUGUCGGGGCAUAUCUCGUGUUCAUCAAGGCAGGGCUGUGGAUGAAAGCAAGGGCGAGAAGUUGGUCUGGACUCUGGAGAGGAGCUCAAGGAGUGGCAAGCAUUGGCCAGCCCUGCUGAGUCUUGUUGACCCUUUUUGUCCACAUCCCGACGGAGGAAUUGUAAAUCAGUGACCGUCCGCAAGCUCUUCGUGCCCUGUGGUGGCUUGACGAUCCUCUAAGAUAUCUGUAUCCUGAAAGUCGCAAUGAAGCCAAUAGUAGCAUCUGACGUCACUGGGUCAUAACCCUCUAUCCGUU